UGAAUCCCGGCGCCGGACGGACUCAGGUGACAGAGCAGCUCUACUUCCACCGCCUGCGCCCGGGACCUCCAAGUGAGGAAUCUUUUUGUGUGAUAAAGAGGCAGCUCCUGGUCUUUCCUGUCCCAAGGAAGAACACUGAAGAAGAGGACAACUAUGGGGAAAACAGUAAAUAAAGAUUCAAAGAAUAUUAAGAAGGAAAAGCAAGGAAAAAAUCACUCAAACAAUCUUCCUGUGCAGAAUGAACAUUUUAACUGGGACAGUUACUUGAGAGAGACUGGAUCUUUAGCUGCUCCAUCACAGUGUUUCAGACAGUCUAAGAUUCCACCUACUAAUGAUUUCAAAGUUGGCAUGAAAUUGGAAGCACGUGACCCACGGAAUGUCACUUCUGUCUGUAUUGCCACAGUUAUUGGAAUUACUGGUGCCAGAUUACGAUUGCGACUGGAUGGCAGUGACAAUAAAAAUGACUUUUGGAGACUUGUAGAUUCUUCAGACAUACAGCCUAUUGGAACUUGUGAAAAAAAAGGAGGCAUGCUUCAGCCUCCUCUGGGAUUUCAGAUGAAUGCAUCAUCUUGGCCAAUGUUUCUCUUAAGAACAUUAAAUGGAGCUGAAAUGGCACCUGCGACAUUCUUUAAGAAGGAACCUCCCAAACCAACUCCAAAUCUUUUAAAAAUUGGAAUGAAACUUGAAGCAAUAGACAAAAAGAAUCCUUAUUUGAUCUGCCCAGCAACUGUUGGAGAUGUUAAAGGAGAUGAAGUUUUUAUUACAUUUGAUGGCUGGAGAGGAGCAUUUGAUUAUUGGUGCAAGUAUGAUUCUCGAGAUAUCUUCCCAGUUGGGUGGUGUGGCUUAACCGGAGAUGCAUUGCAACCACCAGGAAAUAAUGUUUCCAUUACAAAGAGUAGUGCAAAAACACAAUCUUCCCCUUCCAAAGUGACCCGGCGUUCAAUGCAGUCUCCACAGAAAACUGCUCCAAUACCAGCACAGCGGGGCAAGAAACCAGGUCGGGCUAAACCACCUGGACAGACUUCAGUCCCCAAGAAGGGCAGGUCUCCUAAAAAUGUUUCCCUGACAAAAAACAUCUCUCACACUGAAAAUCUCAAAACAAGAAAAAAAGGCCUAAAACCAGGAAGAAAGAAAAAAAUUCAUGCAGUGCCAUGUUCUCCUGUAUCCACAACUCAUAUCAAUUUGCCCAACUUAAACAAUAGCAAUCCAGUUAUUCUUAAAGAUGGAAUUAGUAUUCCUGGGACAACUGCUGCAGUUAUAUCCACAGUUUGUGUCUAUGUGAAUAAACAUGGAAACUCUGGACCUCACCUGGAUAAGAAAAAAGUACAACUCCUUCCUGAUCACUUUGGACCAGGGCCUGUUAAUGUGGUACUCCGUCAGGCUGUUCAGGCUUGUGUAGAUUGUGCCCACCAAGUUAAAAUGGUUUUUGGAUUCCUUAAAUCAGGACAUCAUGGAGGAGAAAUGAUAACUGCAUCCUUUGAUGGGGAAAAACAUGCCACCAAUCUUCCUUCUGUGAACAGUGCAUCAUUUGUCCUUCGUUUUCUGGAGAAGCUUUGCCACAGUCUGCAGUGUGAUAACCUUUUUAGUAGCCAGCCUUUCAGCCCUUAUAUGGGAACUACUCAUAGCCCUACAGAGUAUGAUAAGAAUAAACCAGCAAAAGAAGAAAUAUCAGAAAAUAGGAGUACUAAAAGAUAUUCUCAGGAUUCUCCACCCUAUGCUGCCCCUCUCUCCCCUAAGAUUCCUAGAACAGAAGUGCAUGUAUCUGAAGCAGAAAUAUUGCCAGCUGAAGAAAGUGGUAUGCCCAAAGAGCAUAGAUUUUCUGAACAAUCCAUGGAUUCAUCAUUGAAUUCAGGGAACCCUUCAAGCCCUGCCUGUAGAAAUCCCACAAACUGUCGUACCUCAACAAGUACUACAUAUUAUAGAAAUUCUCUUCAAUCAGUAACUACUACCUCAAACUCAGUGCCAGUCUUACAUAAACUGUCAUUGAACCCCGCUGGGAACAAUUAUUAUGAAGGCAACAGGAGCCGAAUGCAAAGAAGAAUUGAAGCUGCAAGUUCAACAACUGGACCAGAACUCAGUGCACUAAAAAGGGAAUCUUCAAGAGGAUCCAAUAAAGAUCCCUCAAGUUGGUCCAUAGAUGAAGUGAUGCGAUUUGUGAAAGAAGCUGAUCCUCAGGCAUUAGCACCACAUGCAGAGCUCUUCAGGAGACAUGAGAUUGAUGGGAAAGCACUUCUGUUAUUGAGGAGUGAUAUGAUAAUGAGAUAUAUGGGACUAAAGUUGGGACCAGCAUUAAAACUCUGCUACCACAUUGAAAGACUCAAACAAGGAAAGUAUUAGCUAGUGAGAGACACAAGGAUUAUUGUAUUUUCUGGUUGGACUGAUUUCUCAGGUUUACAGAUAUCAUUUUUAUUUAAAAAUAUUUUACUAUGGUAUCUAGUUCUCAGUUUGCAGAAGAUUUCUCUUAAAAUGUGAUAUUUCUACUAUUUUCAGGAAAUGAUUCUAUUGUAGCAUUUCAAAAUUCAUUCAAGGGGUGAGCAUUUAACUGACUCUUGCUAGCAGUUAUUUGGGAUUUUUUUUUUAGAAUACUUUGAUAAAUAUAAUAGUUGAUACAGGAAAUGUAUAAGCACGCAUUAACUUUAACUGAUCUUCACAUUGAGAACCAAAAUGGCUGAAUUCCAAAGGAUAUAAAACAAGAUUGCAGGGGUUUAUCAACUUUUAUAAUUUGACUACAAAAGUUUUACCAUAGAAUUUAAAGAUGCAGAUCUUUCUUGCUAAUCAUUUUCUGAAGCUCCAGUGUUCAAUUUGGUUAUGCUUUUAAUGAUUUUUCAGAAAGGGAAUAAACAUGUGAAUUGUGUUCUCUUUUGUUGUUUUUUA